UUUGUUGGGACUCUUACCAAAUACGUAAAAACCAAACCGGAAGCGUUCACUUGGUUACAAUUCUAGCCGAAUAUUUUAUCCCAUGAGCCUAAAUUUCACACUUCUCUCUGCUUAGCGAUAAUGUUGCUCAGACGCUAAGAGGUGAAACACUGAAGAAGGAGGAUGGAAGAGAUAAAGACCGAGCCUGUGGAUUUUGUGAAGGAAUUCCAAGAGUACCUGACCCAGCAAACCCAGCAUGUCAACAUGAUCUCAGGCUCUGUUUGCGGAGAGAAGGAGGCAGGGGAGCAGUUUCAAGCCGUUGCCCCCAGGAGUGAGCAGAAUGGUCUGGACCCUCCGUCUGUGGAGGUGAGCCUGCCCAUGGAGGACGGGUCAGAGGUACAGAUGGACGGCCUGGAGAGGACCUGCGAUGGGAAGUACAAGUGCAGCUACUGCAGCUAUGCCAACAAGGGCAUGGCUCGGUUAAUAGAGCACAUCCGCAUCCACACAGGAGAAAAGCCUCAUCGCUGCCAGCUGUGCCCGUUUGCCUCAGCGUACGAGCGCCACCUGGAAGCCCACAUGCGCUCGCACACAGGAGAGAAGCCGUACAAGUGUGACCUCUGCGCCUUCCGCUGCAGCGACCGCAGCAACCUGUCGCACCACCGUCGCCGCCGCCACAAGCUCCUGCCCACGAGGGUCGCCCGCUCCCCUUUCGCCAACAAGAGAAUGCUGAGCUCCCUGCAGAAGAGGACGGGCUCGCUGGGCUUCGGCAGACGGCUCCUUAUCAACUUCAGCCCUCCCUCCAUGGUGAUGCCAAAGUCGGAUUAUCUGAACGACUUGUCUCACAAGUUCCACCACCAUCUGAAUAGCAGCGAGUAUAAGAACCUUCCCAAGGUAGAUGAUCGCGACAGAGGUGCUAAUGGUUUGACUUUUAACAACCCACUGGACCAGCUGUCUACACUCGCUGGCCAGUUAGCCGACCUUCACCCUGAGUCUCAGACUCCUGCAUCCCCAGACAGGGAGUCCUUAAAAGACGAGAAGCCCAUUCUCAUACAGCAGGUCUCUAGCGAACAUGCUGCCAUGUGUUCAAAUGGAGUUCAAACUUCACCUCAUAAAAAUCAAUCUCCCGCCUCAGGCCACGGGAGUUGCAGCCCCGCCCCCGGCCUCGGCUUUGAGAACAACGUGAACACUCUGACUGCGAGCGUUAGCAACAGCCAGCCGAGCACACCCGCCCCUGCGCUGACCACACCGGACCAACAGCUGUUACAUAAAUGCCAGCACUGUGACAUUCAUUUUGUGGACAAUAUCCUCUACACGAUUCACAUGGGCUGCCAUGGCUAUGAACAUCCUUUCCAGUGCAACAUCUGUGGCCACAUGUGCAUAGACAAGUAUGACUUUUCAUGUCAUUUUGCCCGUGGACAACACAAAAAGUGAUUCCAGGCAACAUGGACGCGUAUGGAGUCUUGCAUUUUUAAACUUCUAUACAGCAUCUGACACAGUUUACUACUAGUCCUUUUCAUUUUAUACUCACUAUAUUGUUGCCUCACUGCGUGUCUACAUGGCUUUGAGCUUUUCAUAUUAGUUUUAGAGUGAUACUAACAAAGGCUGGACGAAACUACUGAAACAUUUUGUAAUACAAGAUACACUUAGACCCAGGCAAAAUACCAAUAUUAUUUAGAUAUUGUGAUGGACGACUAGAUUUUGCUUUAGACUUACACUGCAGGAGUUGUGUGCGAAUGUGUAAUUGGAUGUUCUGAUAUCGUGUUGCUGAUGUUAAACAUGGUCACCAUUUACCUCAAUCCAUGAGGAAUAUUCGCCUUUUUUGGAUUCUCCAUUCACAGUGGAGGCAUAUGAGAAAAACAAAGUUUUCUUCAUGAAUUCAACAUGAUACAUGGUGAGUAAUUGAUGUACAAAUGGUCAUUUUAUGGGUGAAUUAUUCCUUUAAAGGCUUCAUUACAGUAGAGUGAUGCAAUUUUAUGAACUCUUCUAGGUGUUCUAUUAUUUGACUUAAAUCACGUAGUCAUUGUAUUCACAUUACUCAUCAUUACAUAAAAAAUCUUGUGUAAAUAUUCUGUGAAAGCACAAUUAGUCAGCCCGCAAUACUGUCGUAAUAUCAGUAUCAGGGUAUUUGAUUUUCUCCAUGUCACCCAGCCCUAAGCUCACUCAAUGUAAUUUCAACUCGUCCUGCAGUCAGUAUUAGUUUUGCAAAGUGGCAUCAUGACCACUGUCUCUCUACGCCAGUGCAGCUGCUUAUGUUUGAUAUAUUAGUGUCUCAAUACUCUGCAGAGUCGCCAGGAUUUCACUAAGCUCCCGUAGUGAAUCACAACUACACAGGCAGCUCCAUAUGAGACAUUUUAAAUUAAAUAUAAACAGUAUUGAACACCAAACAUUAUGAGCCACAGCUCGGUAUUCAUCAUGGAGCUGUUACCAGGGCUGUCCCGAAUACUAGUUUUGGAGCAUUUUCAGUUUCAGUUUUCAGUUGUUGCACCUAAAAUUACGUGACCGUUAGCUUCUUUGUUAGCAUGCAGGUCACAGUCACAUGAGCCAUAAUAGCUAGAAAGAAAGAAUUCUUUGCAACAUGGCUAAGCUGUUGCAGUUUGGGUGUUUGCCACACUUUGUCCACAUGCUUGACUUUUUCGACAUCUUGCUAGUGAAAUCUUUGAGCCUGUUACAGGUAGUCAAACUGUUGGAGUCACAAAACCAGGCCUUUCACUAAGUUUAAAUGUUACUGUCUAAGAAUAAUUAAUGUUGAAUAUAGGUGGGAAUCACCAGAAGAUUUACGAUAUGCGAUAUUAUCGCGAUACUUGAGUCACGAUACAAUAUUAUUGCGAUUUUAAAUAUGUUGCGAUAUGCUGAGUAUCGCGAUAAAAUAUAUUGUCAUUUAUUACCUUUUUCAACUGUAAAUUAUGUCCCCAAAGGAAAACUUUGUCAACAUCUGUCUUAUUUAAUACGUUUUCAGACUGUUCAUCUCACUUCAGUCACUUUUAUUGCAAAGAAAUGUCUAGUGGACUGAAAAAGCAAUGAUCGUGUACCAAAAGCUGACUUAUUUGUAAUUUUAUUCAUUUAUAUAGUAAAAAAAAAUCUAAUCUUGGCACCGUACGACUAUACAAUACUGUGACACAAAAAUAUUGCGAUAUUAGGUUGCAUCGAUUUUUUUAAAUUUUACUAUUUCAUAAUUUAUUGGCCAUUUUGGAGCAUUCAGACACUGCUUUGGACAUUGAAGUUUAGCUGUUAAACUAUAAUUUUGUCCACCAUCUGUACUGUAUAUGGCCUGUUAGUCUAAUUAUACAUCAUAGUUUCCAUCUCAGAUAAAUUAGUUUGACAUAUUUCACAAUGAGAAACUGAAGUGAGGUGUUAAGAGACUGAAUUUUCUGCUCAGAACAUAAAUGUGUGUCCAGCCAGACUCAUUAAAACUCUGCUUGCUCUUCUGAUAUUUAUUUAUACCUCACGCCGUAGACUGCAAAAGGUGUCGGCCAAAUCAGUCACUAUUUUAGAUAACAUUUCGAUAGUGUUUUUGUUGCUUAUUUAUACCCAAACAAUUUUAUAUUCAUCAGUUGUCGCGAGUCAUUUUGUGGUACCAGUUUUGAAGCACAAAAUCUAAAUUCACCGUAGCCACUUCUUCUGUGUAGAGUAGCA